AUGAAGAACUUGGAGAGCAGACAAGCGGCGGUGACGCUGCUCCAAAUAAAGAACUACGACCCAACAAAAUACGUCGUUAAGACGGAAGAAGGUUCACAUAUAAUGUUCAACAAUGUUCCAUGUUUGCCGCCCGCUGAUAGAGCGAGGGAGGUGAUGCACUGCAAUGCAGUCAUCGAUAUAAUAAGCAAGGCGGUUGCGGUUGCGCAGAGGGAUAACGAAGACUCUCAGAGCUUUCCCCCCAACUAUGCGAGCGUUAUAGACAGGACGCAUCCAGCGAGCGCUACCGAAGGUGGCUACUCUCAUGAGUACUCAGAUGAUCAAUACGCGUACAGUGCGUCGCAGCCCGCCGCAAGUCCGAACAGCAACGAUGAUCACGACAAUAAGGAAAUGGAUCUCUCGUUAUACAGCUCUAUUAAAACAGAACUAAUUGAACAGAAUGAGCCAGUGGAUCGCGAUUCCAUCGAAGGGUUCGUACAUCGGUCAGCAGCAGACAGCAAGACAAAAAACUUCGCGGAAGAGUAUAAGCAGCACGUGUUCGGUCGGUCCGGCGGCAAAGCAAAGCUAACAAAAGACAGCUCAAUUUACGAGGAAUGCAGUCAGAGCAGUAGUGGUUCAGAUCCAGAUAGAUUACAAAUGGAUAUAUCUGAGAUGUCGCAGGACGAUCCAGAGGAGACGCAGUCGGUGCCAUCCACUCAGUCUUCGCCGAAGCCUCCACAUGAAGGUGAAAACGACAAAGAGUCUUUGUGGCAGGCGCUUCAUAGACAAAACGGUCGAGGUGGCGAAGCUACGCAGUUGCUGCGCAGACUUAUAAAUAGCAAACACUUGGGCAUGACUGUCUCUCCCCUUCGAGCAGCCACUUCUCCUCUCCCGGCCAGCCUGCUGCAGCCUCCAAAUGGUGCCGUUUCGCCGAACGGCGAAUGGUCCAGUUCUGUUCGUACAAGUAAUACGGGUAUGGCGGGCGGCACCGCUCGCAGGAAGCAGAGCUUUCCAGCGCGCGCGCAACCCGCCUGCGAUCCCCCGCCUGCUCCGUGGCCUCAUCCCGCCUCCGAAAACCAAGAGGGGACGGAGGGUGCGUGUGUGGCGGGGGGCGGUGCGGCGGGCGCGGGGGGCGGUGCGGGCGCGCGGGGCGGCAGUGCGCGCGUGGAGCUGGCGUGCAGCAACUGCGGCACGCACACCACCACCAUCUGGCGGCGCGACGCGCGCGGCGAGAUGGUGUGCAACGCGUGCGGCCUGUACUACAAGCUGCACGGCGUGGCGCGCCCCACCGCCAUGCGCCGCGACACUAUCCACACGCGCCGCCGCCGCCCGCGCCACGACGCCAAGCACUCCAGAAACAAGUCGCGUCGAGGCGGUGGUGGUGCGUGCGCGGAGGUAUCGGAGGGUGCAAGCGGCGGGGGUGGUAGAGGGGCGGCAGAUGCGGGCGCGGGGGCGGGCGUGGGCGCGGCGGGCGAGGAGGCCGUACUGGCCGCGCUGCGCCGCCAGCUGCAGCCGCACCUGCUGGCCGCGCUGCAUGCGCAGAACCCGCAGCCGCACCGCCUCGCGCAGGUGGGGCCGAGUAUGAUCGAAUAUGACGAAGCGCCUCUGAACCUCGCGAGUCACGUCACCGCUGAGGAAACGCACUGA